AUGAAUCGUAACAUUUUAAAUGACGAAGAAUUAUUGGAACUUCUUUAUAAUACUAAUUGGUCGGAUAGUGAAGAUGGUUUGGAUGUUUCUGACAACGAACAAGACCAUCAUGUUAUAAAUAUUCACGAAAAUGUUGGUAUUCCUACUUAUGACAAUGAUGAAGGUAAUUUGGAUUUAUUGGAUUUGCCAAUUGAAAUACAAUGUAACUCUGGGGAAACAAUACAUUUACCUUCUGUUUCUACAUCAAAUUUAACUAAUCAAAAUCAAUUCAACGUUGUAAAUUCAACACCAAGGCGCAGUGUAAGACAUGUAUCUACCUCCCCAUUAGUGAAUAAUUCAACAGCUAGUACCAAUGAAUCAUCAAAUCCAAAACAAACAGGUAGUUUAGUCACACCUUCUGCAUGUCUAACAUUUAUUGAACCUACACUUCCUCAUGAUUUGCAUUUACUUGAAACACCACUGGAUUUCUUUGCUUAUUUUUUCACUGAUGAGCUUCUUACCAAAAUCAAAGAAGAAACUGAAUUGUAUGCUGUUCAAAAGAAUCCUAACAAACCAGUUACAUUAAGUAUUAAUGAAAUAAAAAGGGACUAUUGGUCCGCUGAAUUGGGAUAUCCUAUGAUAUUUAACGCUAUGAGUCGCAAUAGAUUUGAGCUAAUUAAGAGUGUUUUACAUUUCAAUAAUAAUAAUAAUAUGCUAUCAUCAAAUGACCCAAAUCGUGAUCGCCUUCAUAAACUGAGACCUCUAAUUGAUUACUUGAAUAAUCGCUUUUCUUCUAUACCUUGCAAACAAGCUUUAUCUUUAGAUGAACAAUUAUGCGCAACUAAAGCACAAAGUUACAUGAAACAGUAUCUUCCAGAUAAACCACAUAAGUGGGGGUUUAAAUUGUUUGUUUUGACAGAUACACAAGGAUAUGCGUAUCGUUUUGAGAUUUACUCCGGCCAAGAAAACAAUUCGAUAUUUCGACACCCCGAUGAACCAGAUUUCGGAGCUUCGUCAAAUGUAGUGGUAAGAUUAUCAAGAAAUGUUCCGGUCAACAAAAACCAUAUAAUUUUAGGAACAGUCAGAAUAAAUCGUCUUCCUAACUGCCCUUUACCAGACAAAAAUGGCGAAAAAAAAAUGAAAAGAGGAGAAUCUAUAGAGUAUAUCACAUCAUAUGAGUCCUCGCCUAUUUCUGCAGUUACAUGGAAAGACAACAAAGCGGUUAAGCUAUUAUCGACAUACUGCGGAGAAAAUCCGAAAUCGAAAAUGACCCGAUUUGAUCGAUCUAAAAAGACUAAUACAGAAAUCGACUGCCCAAUGCUUAUAAGUGAAUAUAAUAAACAUAUGGGUGGAGUCGAUUUGUUAGAUAGCCAUAUAGGAAGAUAUAAAAUACGGUUCCGCAGUCGCAAAUGGUAUAUGCGCUUAUUUUACCAUUUAAUUGACCUUUCUGUUGUAAACUCGUGGUUGCUCUUCAAACGAGUAAAAGAGCAACAAAAUGAAAAACCAGAAAUUGAAUUACCGGAUUGGAGAAAACAACUGGCUUGCGGUUUG